AUGGCUUCUGCGUCCGGAAUCCAGGCCGCCGAGCACGACGCCACGUCGGCGCCGGCAACGUCGUCCAAGCAGGACGUUAACCCGUGGUCUGUUUCGGGAGAGGUGGGUGAGGACGGCAAGGUCAAGGCAAUUGACUACCGCAAGCUGGUCGAGGACUUUGGCACCGCCCUGAUUGACGAUGCGCUGUUGCAACGGUUCGAGAAGGUGACGGGCCACAAGCCGCACCGCUUCAUGCGCCGGCAGAUUGUCUUUAGCCACCGGGAUCUCUCCCUCAUCCUGGACCGUUACGAGAAGAAUGAGCCCUUCUUCCUCUACACGGGACGGGGUCCCAGCAGCGACAGCAUGCACAUAGGCCACACGCAGGUCUUUGACUUUGUCAAGUGGCUGCAGGACGUCCUGGACGCGCCCCUGAUCAUCAUGUUGACAGACGACGAAAAGUACCUCUUCUCGGAAAAGAGAACCGUGGACGAGGUCAUGGGAUACUGCCGGACCAACGCCAUGGACAUCAUCGCCGUCGGCUUCGAUCCCAAGAAGACUUUCAUCUUCUCCGACUUUCAGUAUGUUGGAGGCGCCUUUUACAAGAACAUUGUUCGCUUCGCCAAGAGGGUCACGUACAACACGGUCAAGGCCAUCUUUGGUUUCGACGGCAGCUCCAACAUUGGUAAGAUUCACUUUGCCAGCAUCCAAGGUGCCACGUCGUUUGCGUCGUCGUUCCCCCACAUCUUUGGUGAGGACGAGUCCAAGACGGCGUCGAUUCCCUGUUUGAUUCCUUGCGCCAUUGAUCAGGACCCUUACUUCCGUCUGACGCGUGACUGCGCCGCCGGCCUGCACCUGGCCAAGCCGUCCUUGAUCCACAUGCGGUUCCUGGAUGCGCUUCAGGGCCCGGGGUCCAAGAUGUCGGCCAGUGACGACACGUCUGCCAUCUUCCUAAACGACUCUGCCAAGCAGAUCAAGACCAAGAUCAACAAGUACGCCUUCUCCGGCGGCCGAGAAACACUGGAGGAGCACCGGCAAAAGGGCGGCGACGCCGAUGUGGACGUUUCCUAUCAAUACCUACAAUUCUUCCUGGAAAGCGACGAGGAGCUGGCCAAAAUCAAGGCUGAUUACAACAGCGGGAAGCUGCUGACGGGCGAGCUCAAAGCAAUGUGCAUCGACCACCUGCAGAAAUACGUCGGCGGCUUCCAGGAGAGACGGUCCAGGGUGACGGACGCGGUCGUGGACGAGUUCAUGUCUACCCGCCCGCUCGAGUGGAAAGGAAACCCCAAGGUUCCGAGGGCGGAUCUUGUGGUGCCGGAUAUCAAGCCAGGGGAAGACGGAGCCGCGGCUGGCGAGGCGGGAAGCGGGAAGCUGUCCAAGAACCAGCUGAAGAAGAUGCUCAAGGAGCAGCAGAUUGCACAGAGGAAGGCGGCCAUGGCCAAGGACAAGACGGUUGAUUCGGAGGCGGCGGCCAGCGGCGGCCCAUGA